CGACUAAAGGCAAUCAGGGAUCUGGACUUAGCACUAACUUUGUGUGUUAUGAGUGGAAGCAAAAUUUUGGGACCAGGCGUGACAUUGCCUUACCUUUGACGUUUGCUAUACCACCUGACAUGUCACUUCAGGUUUACAAAUAUAGUGGUAGUAAUAGUACUGAGGAACUUAUUGGCGAAGCUAGAAACUGUGAUCUGUCAUCUUCAUUUGCUAUUGCGAUUGCCAACUGCACUGGUUUUAGUGUAAAACUUGUGGGCAAGACAUGUGAGGAAAGCAAACUAUCAAGCACAGCUAUUACUACUUUUUACUACAGCACAAAAAUUGUGUCUGAAUCUCGUUUUGACGAUUGUCAGCGUUCAUCAUGUGGAGAUGCAGCAUGUUUUAGUCUUUCUAACAUUCGUAUGGGUUAUCGUUGUUAUUGCAAGAAAUGGUAUAAUGGGUCAUGUAUUCCAACACCUCAAGCUACUACUAAGAAUGUCAAUACCUGUAAUUGUCCACCUACAAAUUUUCUUGGAGAGAUAUGCUACUUGGAUGGUCACCGCAACAUAAGUCAUUCGGAUAGUCCGAAAACAACUAACGUGAUCAUACAAACUCCAACACCCUUUGCUACAGCUAGAUCUGUUACUGCAACUAAACCUUCUGCAAGUCCUUUAAAAGUUGAAAGUGGGGGUAGUUCAGUAUCUAUAGCACCAAUUGCAGCUGGUUUAGCCGGUGCUAUUGUCAUCAUAUUGGUGGUUGUGGUGAUAAUCAUACUUUAUCGCCGUCGGUUAAAGCAAUCGGAGAGCAGUCAACAGGCAUCUGAAAGUAGGACUUCAUAGUUAGUCUGAUUGCAGGUUGUUUGAGGAAUGGAUGGAUAUAGAAACAUCAGACGAUCUGCAGUUGAAUCCACUCUAUUGCGAAAGUGCAUUGCAGCAACAUCAGAUGGCUGAAAAUCUCUCAACGACUGCGUCUCAAAAAGAUUCUAGAGCAGACAAGAUGAAUAUACUUUAUGAAUCAGCAGAUCGGCUAGAAAGAACUGCGGCACGUGAGUCAGAGAACGUCAUUUACAACACGUGACUGUGACAGAUGGCAUAUGCAUGCUGCAUGGACGAGAUAUAGUAUUAAGAUUUCUACAUUACCAUAUAGGCAAUGCACAUGCAUGCUGUCAAUGAUAUGGUACCUAUUCUGAUUUU